AUGUCCCGAGUCGCCAUCAGAGAUUCAGCAGACUCAAAGGCCUCGACCAGCAAACGUAGACCCUCAAAAAGACGUCUCGUCGAUUCUGAUGAAGAAGAAUUUGAUGAUGCUGCUGCAGACCGGUUUGAGCCUCCACGCGUCAAACGCUCGCGUACUGCAGAACUAGAACCGACCCCUCAUGAACAUAAUGAUGUAGAACAUGAUAUGGAUGUUGAUGUUGAUGGGGAGCUGGAUGCAGAUGAAGAAACGCGUUUCCUAGGGCAUGAUGCUAGCGAUCAAUUUACCGCCACCGCUCCAGUGGCUCCCGGUCAAGCUCGAAAGAAGAGUAAGGCGGAUGUGAGUGCGAAACGUUUAAAGAGAGCGGGUUCUGGAACAGGGGCUAAGAAGAAGAAACAAGUCGUGUUCUCUGACGCAGAGGAUGCCGAAGUCGACAUUGAUGACCUCGUGGAAGAGGAUGAUUUCCUUGACGAGCCUUUCCCAGAUGCCGAGGACGACGAUUUCGAACUUGAAACCGCACCAAAGCGUGGUGGAAAAGCAAAGGCGUCAUCCACGAAGAGCAAACCUGCCAAGGCCAAACCUGUGUUAACGAAGGGUAGCAAGGCGAAAGCUGGAAAAGAGAAGGAAAAAGAGAAAGAAAUUAUGAUCAAGGACGAACGCAAAAUCCCUCCUUCUGGCAUCCCAUCUCUGCAGGCCUCUGAACUCUUUGUGGAUAACGAGUCCUCCGCCCACCCAUCGUCAGCUGUUGAUCCUUCUGCCGCACCUGAUCAAUCCACCUUGCCACCUCCCGAACUGAAGAAGCGCAAACUCCCGACAAUUAAGAAGAACAAACCACCUGCCUCAGCUGCUACUUCCUCUCAAUCCCAGUCCAUCGCCUCCAAGCCACCACCUUCGACCGAUGAUGUGACGAAGAUUGGUGCAGCUGCUUCUCAGCAGCGUAAGGCAGCGGGUCUCAUGGGGGCAGCAGACUUUGAUUUGCGAGAUAAAAGCGUGUACGCUGAACUCUUUAAAGGGGCUGGCGGCAGUACUCCUCGAUCUGGACUCAACAGGAAAGAAAAGGAGGAAGAACGACGGAAAGAGUUGAGCAAGAUGCGCGAUGAAGCAAAGGCCAAACGCGCGGAAGAAGCUAAACAUUUUUUCGAUCUGCAGUCACAAGCAGACAAGAUUGCUGGUUUUGAACAAAAAUUCAGAGCGCCCCACAAUGGUGUGGCUUUGCACCCGAACUUCCUUGCUGCCAAGUUCCGAGAGGAGUACGACAAGGAAAGGGCCCGUCUACGACAUGGCAGGGAGCGAAGUCUGAGUGCCACGAAAGAGGAGGGAGAGGCUUGA